GGUCCACUCGCAUCGGUGCAAGUCACGGCACAUACUGGAACCAGCGCCUGGAGGAAACGACGCACAGAAGAGAACCUUCUGCUGAGCUGGAGACCAGGACGAAGUCUUCCUCUCUYGUUUCCCACAGAGGAGGCACUUUCAAUCCAUCGCAGAGCCGACUUGUCGCUCUCCAAGCCGCCUCUCCUUUUGCGCGUCUUGGAUAGAAAGAACGCGAUCAUUGCGCGCCGCAGAGCGCAACGCGCAAAGCUUCCGACCCUGUUUUCAUUCUUUCGUUUCUUCUUUCUUUUUUCUUUUUUCUUUUUAAGUGGAAGAGAUCUCACCUCCGGAGCGCAGCAGUGAGAUGAAGCAUUUCUGAGGCUGCAGCCAUCCUCUGUCCGCUUUACUGCUUUUGGCUGUUCCCAAAGGGGUGAGCACAUCCAUGCGCAGGCAUCCCCUCCAGUGUGAUUCUGUUUUCACCCAGAUCUCUGCUGCCUGGACAAAUGCAUACAAAUGCAUUUAGGAGCUCAACGGACAAGGAGUGGACACGUUUCCGCGGCUGCAGCGUGGAACUUUCUCCUGCUCCUGUCAGUAUGCUCAGCAGCUUCUGGAGAAGACGACUACCGAGCUCAAGGUGUGGAUAUCCUCCAUCGACUGGGGCUUACAGAUCAAAGCAGCACAGACAGUCCCCAGGAGAGGACAGCCUCGCCUCAAACCACUUACACCAAUGUUCCCCCGUUUCUGAAUGCUCCACUUUCUGGAUAUGGGGUGUUAUUAGACACGAACUCCAUUUAUGAGAUUCCAGCAAGCAGUCUGUUCCAUACAGAGUUUAGUGAUGAAUUUUCUUUUGUGAUUAGCCUAAGCUCCUGGGGAGCGAGCAAUGCUUUUCUUUUAAGUGUUAAAGAUGGCGGGGACAGACUGCGUUUUGGCAUUCAGCUAUUACCCCACAGACUAGUGGUUUACACUGCAGAGCAAUCCUCCAUCUACUUCACCUACAGCUGGCAGGAUGGGCAACAACAUGCCUUYGCUGUUGGUGUUCGAGCUCGUUCGGUGUCCUUUUAUGCGGAUUGUGGACGGGUGCAGCAACGAGAGCAAACCCUGGCGAGAGCUCAGACUCUGGGGGAACCUGGGAGUCUCUUCACUUUGGGUAGGAUGAACUCAAAGGCAGCUCCAUUCAGUGGUCAACUUUGCCAACUGGAUAUCUAUCCUUCAGSCCAAGCUGCCGCACACUACUGCAAAUACCUUAAAAAACAGUGCCGGCUGGCCGACACUUAUCGAUCGCCUUUGCCACAUUCUCAUUUGGAUAUUAAGGCUAAUAACCACCCUGCUCACUCUUCACCAAAGUCCCCUCUUGGACUGCCAACCAUCCGUCAUACUUCCACCAAAGUUACAACAACUUACAGAGCGUUAUCACAGAGAAACCAACUUGUCACACAGUAUUCAACCCCAAGCCCAACAACUCAGUUACACCUGAAGGAACCAAAACACAUUUCGACACUGAAACCCCUCUCACUUCAACCUGAAGACCACACGCAAGCUCCUCCAAGAAGGCAAGCAAUGCUGGAUCUUUCCCACAGCACAUCUGUCACAACCAACGAAAAUGUCUUAGCAACUGGCAAAGGCAAUCAGCCUCGAAGGGACAUAGAUCAGUCUGAGAACAGCACAGAGGAAGAGCGCAGACCCUGGAACCAUCAGACUUCACAGGUUUUCCCAAGUCUGAUAUCCCCCGUCAGGCAAGGUCAAGUGAAGGAAGGACUCAGGAACAGCUUUGAGGACUCUGAACCUCGGCCCAAAGACACACGUCACGUUCUGGAGUUUCRUCGAAGAGCCAACAGCACCACUUUGUACAGGGAAAAUCGGGUCGACACAUCAGAACAACAUGAGCUGGAUGGCAGCUACGAGGACACAGACCUUGGAGUGUACGAUUAUGGAUACGAGGAGUCAGAAUUCCUUUAUGACUAUGAAGAUGGAUUUAAUGGGCCUAAAGGAGAGCCAGGUCCUCCGGGUCCUCCUGGCCCUCCUGGUUUAUCUGGUUCUCCUGGGAGGAGAGGCUCAAGGGGUCCUCCUGGUCCGCAUGGAAAACCAGGACAACCUGGACCACCAGGGCCAAAGGGUUCAAAGGGAGACCCGGGACUGUCUCCAGGCCAAGCUGCAGCCGGGGAAAAGGGUGACAGAGGUCCACCUGGUUCACCUGGACCAAAAGGAUUUCCAGGACCACUGGGCAUUGCAGGACCUCCUGGAGAGGCUGGAGCUACAGGUUACCCUGGCAGGCAGGGUUUAGCUGGGCCGCAAGGCAGUCCUGGAACUAAAGGCAUCCGUGGUUUUAUUGGRCCUCCUGGAGUUGCUGGGCCACCAGGGCUGGAGGGAGAGAAAGGCAUUCCCGGUCCUGUUGGAAAACCUGGUCCCAAAGGAAGACAUGGUGUGAUGGGUGAUGUGGGGGAGAGGGGACCCCCUGGUCCAGAUGGCAAACAGGGCCCUGUUGGUGGGACUGGCAUUAAUGGCUUUCCUGGUCUGAGGGGGGACCCGGGCCCAGAGGGACCACGAGGAUUGCCUGGUAUGGCGGGACCUCAGGGCCCAGCGGGACACGCCGGCCUGCCUGGAUUGAAAGGUGAUAAGGGUGAAGUGGGACAAAGGGGCGAUCCAGGGGAGAUGGGAUAUCAAGGUGACAAGGGCGCUGUCGGUGCACCUGGUCCUGCCGGGCCCAGAGGGAAACCGGGACUGCCGGGGUUUCCUGGGGACAUCGGAGCACCAGGGCCCAACGGCCCACCUGGACCAAAGGGUUUGCAAGGYGCAAGAGGACCCCAAGGUCCUCCAGGGCCUAAAGGACCACAGGGUGAUGAAGGACCACUCGGCCCACCUGGCAGCAUUGGCCCUAUUGGAAGAGCUGGAAGGAAAGGUCACCCGGGUGAACCUGGGAUCGAAGGUCUAACGGGGGAGAAGGGGGACGUCGGAAAUGUCGGAAAAAUCGGCCCUCAGGGUCCAGUUGGCUUAAUUGGGAUAACUGGGGUGAUGGGAGUUCCCGGUGAAAAGGGUGACCGGGGACCCCCAGGUCCAGCAGGUCCAGUUGGAGAGAACGGGCCAAGGGGUUAUCCAGGAUUGCCAGGAGGUCCAGGAGACAUAGGGAUGCAAGGUGCACCUGGCCCACAGGGACAGAGAGGCACUGCAGGCAUCGGUGGUCCGAAAGGCAGAGGGGGGCCCCGAGGUCCAGAUGGCACGCUAGGAGAACCAGGACCUGAGGGCACCAAGGGUGAAAAGGGUGAAAUAGGACCAAAAGGAGAACCAGGACUUAUAGGCAAGACUGGUGGUCCAGGAGAAAGAGGCCCUUCUGGAAAGCCUGGUAAGGCAGGUAUUCCAGGGAGCASCGGGGAAAGGGGCCCGCAUGGUGAACCAGGACCUAAAGGACCUCCUGGAGAGUCUGGACCCAAUGGAGAGCAAGGACUUGAAGGUGGUCCAGGUGCUGAAGGGGAGCCAGGUGCAGUUGGAGAGCCAGGAUUAAAGGGUGAUGUUGGACCUCCGGGGACUGAUGGGGAACAGGGUCAGGAGGGACUCAGAGGUCCUCCUGGCCCUCRAGGUGAAGAUGGCCCACAAGGAAAAGAUGGACCCAAGGGAGAGCCUGGUGAACAGGGCCCAGCUGGGGAGCCUGGAGAGAAGGGGAUAGAAGGAGAACCCGGGCCUCAAGGACCAGCUGGAAUUCCUGGGAAACAGGGGUUUUCUGGACCAGAAGGAAAACUGGGCCCCCCAGGGAAUAGAGGACGACACGGAAAGAAGGGAGAAAAGGGUCCUCCAGGUCUGGCUGGUGAGAUUGGUUCUCGAGGAGACCUUGGCCAACAAGGCAAGCCGGGGCUGAAAGGUGCCAGAGGAACUCGAGGCUCACCUGGUCAGCCAGGAGCCAUGGGGUUGGAAGGGCAACCAGGACUGCUUGGAUACCCAGGGCAUCCUGGUAAGCCUGGGCCCAUCGGACCACCAGGCCCUAAAGGUGAAAAGGGUUAUUCAGGCGAGGACAAUAAGACUCCAGGACCACCAGGGCCCUUAGGUGAACCAGGCUCUCUAGGAGAGCGUGGAGAUCGUGGAGAGCCAGGUGACGAAGGAUACCAGGGUCAUACUGGUCCUAAUGGGCCUCGUGGGACAAUCGGCCCACAAGGACUGCCGGGAUCACCUGGCGARCCUGGAGAACAAGGCCCAAAAGGAGAAAAAGGAGCUCCGGGCUCUGCAGGAAAAAAAGGAGCGCGAGGUCUGAGCGGGGCCCCUGGCACUGAAGGCCCAACCGGUUUACCAGGACUGAGGGGACCGAAGGGUUUCCCAGGACCAGAUGGUCCUCCAGGACUGAUGGGUCUACAAGGUCUACCAGGAAAACCAGGACGGCAGGGUCAGCGAGGUUUGGUGGGUCAGGAGGGACUUGCUGCGAUGCCGGGUCCCAGGGGAGAAACUGGACUUCCUGGAGCACCUGGAGAAAUAGGGCCACCYGGUCAAAAGGGAGAACCUGGCCUGCCAGGUGACAGAGGACCUGCUGGAAUGAAAGGAAUGGAGGGUGCUACGGGUGACCAGGGCAGGAAAGGUGACCCUGGACCUAAAGGACAAGCAGGUUUCAGUGGACCUGUAGGCCCCGAAGGAAGGAUUGGUCCAGUUGGGAAGCCUGGUCACAGAGGUCCAAAAGGAAGCAUUGGUGAAAUGGGGCCUCAAGGACCACAAGGAAGUCCAGGACCCAGGGGACCCCCUGGUGCACCCGGUCCAACAAGGAACAUUUAUGAUGACUCAGUUUACRGUCAAUCUGACUCCAAUUCUGCCCUCAGGACCGAGAUCUUUCAGAAUAUGGACAUGAGCCAACCAGACCAAAAUACAGAGAUACUGAAGACGCUUCGUUACCUGAGCAGCAUCGUCGAGAGCAUCAAGAAGCCUCUGGGGACAAGGGACAACCCAGCUCGUGUCUGCAAAGACCUGCURGACUGUCGACACUUACACCUCAAAGACGACUGGUUCUGGAUUGAUCCAAACCUGGGAUGUACUUCUGAUGCCUUCAAGGUCUACUGCAACUUUACUGCAGGUGGACAGACUUGUUUGCACCCUGUGGCUUCCAAUAAGAUGGUGUUUGGUGUUGAGAAAGUCCAAAUGAAGUUUCUUCAUUUACUGAGCUCGGAGGCCAGCCAAAGCAUCACGUUCCACUGCCAAAACGAUCCAUCCUUUACCGCCAAAGAUACCGUCACCUCCACUGAACCCUUGCACAUAGAAAACAGCAAGCUUCGGUUCCAAGGCUGGAACAAACAAAUGUUUGAGAAAGACACACUACUUGAACAACAUUUGAUACAAGAUGAGUGCAAGAUCCAAGAUGGCAGCUGGCACCAGUCUCGUUUCUCCUUCCACACUCAGGACAGUCGUCAGCUACCCAUUUCAGACAUACAGGGAUUUCCUACUUCACAGGACAACAGUCAACAAUACAUAGAAAUCGGUCCUGUCUGCUUCCUCUGACACCAACAUCUUCCUUUAACUCACUCACUUAGAUCACUCAGAUCCACAGAUGUUUCCUACCAAAGAGAUGCUUCCUCUGGAUGCAUUUAUGAGAGUAAAAAAUGCUCAGUUGAGGAAGAUCUGCUUAGAAGAACUCAGUCUUUGAGAGGCAUUCAGGCCAAUGAGGCCAAAGGAAARCUGUCCAUUCAGAAAUGUAUCAAAUAAAUGUAUAAACUAAGGGCUUUCUUUUCUUUUUAUUUUAUAUACRUGUAUAUUUUUUUACAGUGCUUAGGUUCACUGCAAAUGGACCCAUGCUAAUCCCUAAUCACAGGGAAGGGCCGCCCAUCUCAGCAGCCUGUUCAGAAUUUCCAAACUCACGCCGUAAACAUGCAGACCAUCCUAAGCAGGAGCCCAACCSGAAGGAUCGUGCCAGGCCUCUGCGUAGGAUACCGUCUAAGGGUUUAAACAAGUGCAAUAGCAUGUGGAUAAUAUGUGACUGCUUUAAAGAAAAUCUGCUCCGAGGCUACAUUUACUUUUUUUUGUUUUUUUACUUUGGUCCCACCAAGUCGGGCUUGUACCUCUUGACUUAUGGUGCUCUACCUCUUACCUGGUUAUUUGCUUUCUAGACUAGUUGCUAAUGUCAGUUUAGUGUUGACUUUGUGUCGUAUGUACCGGUUACAUCAAGACUUGUUGUGUUGUUUGAGUACUUAUGUUGAUUUGGUCACUUCUAAUUUAUGAACCAAUUUUUGAUCCACUACAUAUUUUUAUGAUAUUUCUCUAUGUGGAUGGUUUCCAAACCAACCAUUGGUGCUGCAACAAUGAGUCAUCAAUAUUUCCUGUGUAUAUAUUGACAGCAUACUGUAUGUUUAUUUAUAACCUCGUUUUUUUUUAAUUCACAUUACUGUACCGCAGAAAGUUAUACUCUCAGAGAUUUGUUUGACCAACUACAGCUCAGUCUAAUGAAUAUUUAUGUUUAAAUGGUGUGCUUUUGGUUCAUACCUGUGACUCUUCAUCAUAGUGUUGUUUUUACAUUCAGAGGUACAGUACAUUGCUGGCUGCCAGCUAGAGUUAGCCAGAGUCAAAAAAAACAUGGAAAACAGUCACCAUAUACAGUAAUUAAGUUAUAUUACCUUCAACAAGGUGUUUGGAAAGUUUGUGGACGAUAAUGCAAAUGUGUAAAUAGAAAAGCCUUGACAAAUAAAUAAAGGAUCAUUUGRUCCACAACUUG